AUGUCGACGAUAUUUGCUUUGAGCGCUUGGGGAACCAUAAUUCCUGUUGCACAACAACGUUUAGGCCCAAGAAGCAAGGAAUUAUUGUCGACAUUAUCAAGGAAGAAGAUACUUCAACCACGUCAGCUCUUCUUUUCAAAGCUCUACGACCACGACAGUAGCCUAAUGGAUUCGGCAAUGGCAGCAUACUUACCGGGCCCAUCUACAUUUACUGGUGAAGAUCCCACCGAGCUAUAUCUCCACGGCAGCAAGGCAGUCGUUGACACAGUCGCUAAGUGUCUACUCAAAUUUGACGGACUUCGCCAUGCCAAGCGUGGAGAAUUUACCAAAAGGUUGAAAGAAGCGGAUAUCGUCUUCUUAGCUGUGUCUGAUGCUCGAGAGGACGACAUUGUGCUUGACGAACUUCUCAGCGAUCUACAAGAGGUUGUGAAUGGCGCACCGAUCAAUGCUGUGAAAAAUAAAGCCGAUCUAGCAUCUAACAAAGUGCCCGCCAACAAUCAAUCACUGUCCGCUUCUGUUCUCUCAUGUGCGUUGACCACGAAAGGAAUAGAGGAAUUGUGGGCAAAUUUACAGAGGGUGGUUGAUGACAUUUGCCCGGAAGAGAGCGGCCCUGCGUCGGCUCAAGUUGAACUGUUAACGGAAGCUCAGGACGCCGUUCUUCAGGCUAAUUCCGUGUCGGAUGUGGCCUUACGCGAGCAUCAUCUACAAAUUGCCUUCGACUGCGUCGGCGAAUUAACCUGCUCUACGGUCAAUGGAGCUGUACUGGAUCGGCUUUUCGCGCAAUUUUACAUCGAGCCC